AUGAUUUCCGCGCAUGCGCAUCAGCACGUGGAGCAUGUUCAGGCGGGCGACCGUCGCGACUCCGCGAGCAAGGCUUCGUCGGCCUCUGCGCCGGAGACAUUGUUGACGAUUGUCGCGCCCGCUGCGACGAGUGCUUCGGCCGUUUCCGCGCGGAAAGUGCCGAUCGUACACACGCAGCUCCCGGAUCACCGGUACCGUCCGUCGAAUUUCUGUCUCCAACGACACCUCCGUCGCGCCUGGUUGAGUGCGCCCCUGCGCGAGCGUGCUUUAGCGAGUUCCGCACCGCAUCCUCUACAUCAAGGAGUCCCCUCCACCCGAGAACGAGUCCGUUGUGCAGUUCACAAUCGACAUCAGAUGAGUGUGGCUGCUCAGAUCCAAGGGCCAACAGCCCGCUGCGGUCAAAUUCGUCUUCCUACCACCGCUGGCCAUCUCUGUCGAUGUGCUAACAUUUUGCUUCAGAUCAGCCAGUCUUGUUUUGAUUAG